AUGGUCCGGAAUAAGAGGGCUAUGCCUCACGGGACACCAGCGACCGUCUCCCCUCGCCGAUACACCGGCACGUUAGAUGAUUUUGUCACCACGCCGGCGGACCUGAGAGGAGCUGAGCCGGCAGCUAAAAUGGCGCCGGAAUCCCCUGGGGCUGAAAGCGCGGGUGUCUCGUCGGAAGAUGGAGACCGGAGUGACGCGCUGUGCCUGAUCCGCCAGGAGCUUACUCGGAUCUCCACUCAUAUGCUCACGAAGUCAGACAUAAGCAGCCUAUUGCAGGAAUUUCGCACAGCUGUAAGGGAGGAGAUCUCUGCAAUCAGGUCAGACCUUUCUGCAGUGGAGGCCAGGGUGGAGGCCCUGGAGACUGAGGCGCAGGAGAGUCGUUCCCAACAUAGGGCAGCAGAAAUAGCCGCCACAUGGCAGGGGAACCUCCUUCUGACACUGAGGCGACAGGUGGAGGACCUGGAGAACCGCAGCCGUCACCAGAAUAUAUGGAUUAGAGGGCUGCCGGAGCCGGACGUGGCACCACUGCAGGAUACAGCGCAGGCCCUCUACAGACACAUCCUGGGCCGCGAGUGCCCGGAAGACAUCCAAUUUGACCGGAUCCACAGAGCCCUGGGCCCUCCACGGCAGGAUGGGAAACCCAGGGACGUCCUGUGUUGUCUGCACGCUUACAGGCUGAAGGAAUCUCUGAUGACCGCUACUAGGGGCACCGACAAGCUCAUGUUCCAGGGUGCCGAGGUGGCACUGUUCCAGGAUCUGUCUAGCCUGACACUGGAUGCCAGGAGAGCGCUCUGGCCCAUCACCGCUGCCCUUCGGGAGAAGAAUAUACCCUACCGCUGGGUGUUCCCCUUCAGUCUCCAGAUCCGGCAUGGGAACUCAUGGCUAUAUAUUCGCUGGCCUGACGAUGUCACCCCGACGCUGAGGAGCCUGCGCAUUCCCCAUAUCCGCAUCCAUAAUUGGCUAUUGGAAAAUCCGCUGGCACCAAGAGGAAGAUCAGGGGAGCAGAGUCCACAGUUGGAGCAACCGCGGGCGAGCGAGCACCCCGCGCGAAUGAUAAGCGGCCCUGCAGGUGCGAAGGAAUAG